AUUGUUAUAUUCACCCAUCCUUUCUUAAUGCGUCUGAAACUGGGUAUCUCCACAUUGGUUCCAUUCUUCCUUGUGACCUCAGUCCUCAUUUCUGUAGCUAUCAGUGUCCCUGCUAUCUGGAGCACUCACAGAGACCCGUUUAAUGGAAAUGUAUCUAGCAAUGAAACAUUUGAAAGUGAUGUCCCCAAGUUGAGUAUCUCAUACCUUCUUCCUAGUAAUAUAAUUGGCUGUUCACUGCCAUUAGUGCUUGUUGCUAUUUCUAACUGUCUAAUACUUAGAUCACUUAAGUCCCCCAGUAAUAUGAUAGAGAAAACAAACAAUAGUCAGAGCCCUCGAGCAAAAGCCAGAGAAAGAGCAGCCCAAACUGUUGGUAGCCUUCUUCUACUCUACAUGUCCUUCUACAUUUCUGAGAUCAUGAUGUUUGUGGAUCUAUUCCCACCCAGUAGCCCUGGAUUCUGUGCCUGCUUAAUGAUUAUCUAUACUUACUCUCCUGCACAAUCUAUUAUACUCAUCCUUGGAAGUCCUAAGCUUAAAAAAGUAUUAUUGAGCUUACUACGACUUCAUGAGAAACUGAGCAGCGAGGAGCCGGAAGCACCAAACAUUCUUUUUAUUAAACGCAACGUUCAGAAAACUGUGAAGGAUCUAAUAAAGUCAUAA